UAAAAAUUCACUCAUCAGCAUCGUUAUUCUCUUCCCACUUCAGACACAGUAAACCCAAAAGAAGGCCGAUCGAGAAAAGCAGAGAUAGAGAGAGAGAGAGAGAGAGAGAGAGAGAGAGAGAGAGAGUUUGCUUCAAUCUGAAACAAUGGAUGCCCCCAAAAGACAACCUUUGCAUCUCCAAGCGACUGAUAUACGUACCCUCUGCAACUGCUGCCUUCGCAGGCAAGCCCCAUGCCCAUGAUUGAAUAGAGAGAGAGAGAGAGAGACAGACAGAGAAACAGAGAGAGGGAGAGAGGGAGAGAGGGAGAGGGCAAUGGAGGAAUUUGUUGUUGAGACCCUUUUGAGCGGCGACGGCGGAGCACAAAUUCAGGGCGCCAUCGAGCUGAGCAAGCUCGGCAGCAAGCAGAGGCAAAAGCUGGCCGACCGCGGCGUCAUUCCUCCAUUGAUAUCGAUGCUUCACUCCCAAGACUACGGGGCCACGGAAGCUUCUCUUUUCGCUCUGCUCGCCCUCGCCUUCGGCAGCGAAAGGAACAAGAUUCAGAUUGUGAAAGGCGGAGCCAUUCCGGCAAUGCUGAAUCUCCUCCGGAGCCGGUCGCUGGUCGAAUUGACGGCGACGGCCAUGUUGGUCCUCUCCUCUUGCGCCGCCAACAAGCUGCCCAUCGCGUCCUCCGGCGCCAUCGAAACGCUAAUCGCGAUCAUCUCCGGCGAAACCGCCGCGGAUCCCCCUCAGGUCGCCGUCUCGCCGCAGACGGAGCUCGACGCCGUCUCCACGCUCCUCAACCUCUCGACCGCCCCGAAUCGCCUCCCUCAUCGUGACGUCCGGCGGCGUGCCGGCCCUCCUCGACCUGAUCGUCGCCUCCGGCUCGCCGCGGUCCCCGGAGGCCGCCGAGAAGGCGAUGGCGGCGCUCGAGAACGCCGUGGCGGCGUCGGCGUCGGCGUCGGCCUCCUCCGGCCGCGCGGUCCGCGAGGUCGCCCGCCACGGCGGCGCGAUCAGGGCGCUGGUGGAGGCGGUGGAGGAGGGGUCCCCGGAGUGCCGGGAGCACGCGGUGGCGGUCCUCCUGGCGGUGGUGCGGAGCUGCCGGGAGGAGCACCGGGAGGCGGUCCUGAGGGAGGGCGCCGUGCCGGGGCUGCUGCAGCUGAGCGUGGACGGGACGGGUUGGGCCAAGGAGAUGGCGCAGCACCUGCUGCUGCUGCUCCGGGACGACUGCUCCGCCGACUGCGGCGGCGGGAGGGCGAAGCAGCAGCAGCGGCAGCAGCAGCAGAAGAAGAAGACGAAGAAGCAGGAGCUGGUGGAGCAGGUGAUGGAGGAGAUAGACGCGGAGGGCGCGAGCCUGCGGCUGGUGGAGGAGAUGGUGGCGAAGCUGAAGCUCGACCGGUAGCCGGCCGGCCGGCCGGCCAGGCUGAGAAGAAGAAGAAGAGGGAGAUCAGCUUGAUUAGUGUUUAGGGAUUUAAUCGAGGGUUAAAGACUGGAUUAGUGAAUGGGAUUAGCUAGGAAAAAUAUGGUGUACAUACAGAGUAAGAUUGAAUUUAGGGCUUAAGAGCGCUGAUUUGACCUUGUUUUA